UAGUAACGUUGUCCUCGUCUGACGUCAUCAUCGAUCUUUUGCUCUACCACAAGGUUGUUUAAUUUCUCGGUGCCCAUUUGCGUUUCUUGUUUGUUGAUCUAAAUCCUUUUCUUGUUUCGUUUUGUGAAUUGAGAGAUAUGUUGAUUCAAAAUCUGUGUCAAGUUCGUCUAAACUUUUAAGGAAUGUCGAGAGAGAUCAGAUCAAUCCUAGUUCCUCUGAGUUUACAAAUUCUCUCUCUUCACAUAUUGUUUUGUGUUCCUCUGGCCCAUCUUCACUUUCCUGGACAAUUUGUCUCUUUACUUUAAUCUCCUGUUUGGUUUUGGAGAUAAACACAACUAUAAAGCUUUGUUUAGGUUCAUUGGUUCUAUUUGUUUGAUUUCAAAUUCCUAAUAGCUUUUCAUAAAAGGGUCUUAAUACUCUGUUUCUGACAAAGAUGUUACCGGUUUUAAGGGAAAAACAUCUUUCAACUUUUCCAGUGAAAACGUUCGUUUGCUUUGUUUCUGAUAGCAGCAAUCAAUGAUUGGUCCUAUUUAACAAUAUUGGAUCCUUGUGAAGGAUAAGCAGUGUUUCUACUUGUUAACAAUGAUUGCUUCUACUUGUUGCUUAGGGAAUCAUAAUCAAGAAAAAAAAAAAAUGGAAGAAGAGUAUGAGAGUCGUCGGUUAAGGAAAUGGGAAGAGUUGGACGCAGACAUCUUAGUGAAGAUUUUCCACAAGUUCACCGUCUUUGAGCUGGCUCGUGUUUGUAGUGUAUGGAGAACGGUUUGUUGCGAUCCCAUCCUCUGGAAGACUCUUGAUUUGUCACACAUGAGAUCUAGCUUCAUCAAGAUCCCACUGGGGCCUUAUGUCUACGUCGAACGUCGCUCUGAUGAGUCCCUCACUCGCAUCCUCAAACUCUCCAUGAAUCUUAGCGGAGGAAACACGAGGACAUUGGUUUUCCAUUUCAACUUGUUCUUGAGUGAUGAUCAGCUUACUUACACAGCUGAACGGUGUCCAGGGUUGAGACGACUCGUCUUACCAGCUUGGAACAGAAUAAAGAAGACUGGGAUCUGCAAAGCCAUACGGAUCUGGAAAGAUCUCGAGUCACUAACAAUGCCUAGCAUCGCUAACCCGCCUUACCUCUUCACAGAGAUCGCCAACAACUGCAGCAACUUCAAGGAGUUAAAGAUCAUGGGUCCGUUCGAGAUCUUCUUUGCGGACACCCUCAUCACUUGCCUCCCUAACCUCAAAACGCUCAGCCUCAGAUGCUCCGCUAUAAAAAGGGAGGCACUGAUCAAAAUUCUUGACGGGUUAAAGGAUCUUGAGGUGCUCAACAUAUCGCACUCUUACCUUGUGGAGUUGAGUGGGUGGCAGCCGCGGAAGAAAGUGAUUGUGAGAGAGCUGGAUGAGAGGAUACUGGAGAAAGCUUCGAGGCUGAAGAGGUUCUUGACUUGUAUGGAGCAUGACACUUGUGUCAUGUGUCAGAGGACUGAGAAUGAUGAAGGGAUUGUGAGAUGGUAUAAGUAUGAUGAAGAUGACUGGAAGGUUGAUGAAGUCAGCUCUCUUCAUCUUUGAUGUUUUUCUAAUACUAUUUGUCUCUCUGAAACUUUGCUACUUCAUCUUUUACUCUCUGUUAUUGUGUGUAUAUAGAUGUAGGCAAUCCCUAGAAUAGUAAAAUUUGUAUUUUGUGACAAUACUAUAUAUCACCAACCUUGAGAAUAAAUAAUUUCAAUUAUGCUCAAAA